AUGGCAUUCAAGUCACCAAUUUCAGUAGCUUUACUCUGCUUAGUAGUGCUAGCAUUGGCAAUGGGUUCCAAUGCUGGUGGAAUAGCUAUAUAUUGGGGUCAAAAUGGGAAUGAAGGCACUUUGGCAGAGACUUGUGCCACAGGAAACUAUGACUUUGUGAAUAUAGCUUUUCUAUCCUCCUUUGGAAAUGGUCAGACUCCUAUGAUUAACCUUGCUGGCCAUUGUGAUCCAUACAGCAAUGGCUGCACCAGCUUAAGCUCUGACAUAAAAUCAUGUCAAGCCAAAGGCAUUAAUGUUAUUCUUUCAAUUGGAGGAGGGGCAGGGAGUUACUACCUCACCUCUUCUGAGGAUGCUAGACAAGUUGCUACUUAUCUUUGGAAUAACUUCUUGGGUGGACAAUCCUCAUCUCGCCCGCUUGGUGACGCUGCUCUGGAUGGAAUUGACUUUGAUAUUGAAGGAGGCUCCAACCAACAUUGGGAUGACUUGGCAAGAUACCUAUCUGGAUACAGCAAUAAGGGUAAGAAGGUGUACUUAACCUCAGCUCCGCAGUGUCCUUUUCCAGAUGCUUGGGUUGGUGGUGCCCUUACGACAGGUUUGUUUGACUAUGUCUGGGUCCAAUUCUACAAUAACCCCCCUUGCCAGUACAUUACUGGUAGUAUUAUCAAUCUUGAAGAUGCAUGGAAGCAGUGGACUUCAGGUAUCCCUACUACCAAGAUUUUCUUAGGACUACCUGCUGCUCCUGCGGCAGCUGGAAGUGGCUUCAUUCCUGCAGUUGAUCUCACCUCUCAAGUGCUUCCAGCGAUUAAAAAUUCUCACAAGUAUGGAGGUGUUAUGCUGCGGUCCAAGUAUUACAGCGAUCAAUCUGGAUACAGUUCGGCCAUCAAGAGCCAUGUCUAAAUAUCAAGAUCACUAUUUGAGAUUC